UAACAUACCUAGGUAUAAAAGAAGUGCCUGCAGGUAUGUCGAUUGUUUCUUAUUCUGUCUCUCACACACUCAACUCAAUACAUUCGUUUUCAAUCAAUCAUUUAAUAAAUAAUAAACGCACCUUUAAUCAUCAUGAUCUCUAAUUCGUGGCAACACAUCUUGCUUGCCGUUUCGGCAUCGCUUGCGACGGGAAGUCCUCUAUCGGGUCGUCAAGAUAGCCCAUACCCUCCGUCUACCUUUUCAAAGGGAUUCAAACUCAUCGCGAACGUUACGGAUAGAGCCCACGAUCUCUCGCCGCCAAUUCACGGAUGGGCUCUGCAGGGAGCGCAUAUUGGUGCCGGGUUGAAUACGGCUGUUUUGAAUAACACGACGCCUGGCCAGAUCUUCUACCAGAACGGCACCGCGACCGAGAUCUAUCGCCAGACAUCCAACAUUCUUACCGACGCUGGAACCCCACUCGCUCCGUAUGGGUUGAUAAUGCGCUAUCCGAACGAAACCGAGAAUGUUGUUGCGCUCGGCAUCGACGGAGGAAGUGGUACGCCGGGAAUUACAUUGACGGAUCCUCCUUACCCGUUGACCGAACUUUCGGCCUAUGCGAGUCAGUUUAUCGCUUGCAAGCAAAACAUUCCGUAUUAUCCGCCCGACUGGGAGUUUGUGGUUGUCAAGGCAUUUCGAAAUCAAUACCAGGUCUCAGACAACUGUGUGGUAGUCGAGUUUCUCCCGCAAUGCGCCAAGCUACCUGACCUGCCCGAGGGAAGCUACUCAACGCACGAAUUCGCGAAUACGGCCCGAUGUUUCGAGGACCCCGCUAAUAUCGACUGGUCCAAGUACCCGGAAGUGAGGUAGAUAGUGUUAAGGGGGUUGGCUGGCUGAUUAAUUCGAAGGGUCGUGGACUGGACCGCCGCAGCUAAACUGCCCGGGUCGUUUGGAUAUUGCUAAUAGCACCGUAAAUACCUAGAGAAUAGUUUAAUAUUGGCUCCUUAUAAUAGAACCGUAUGCUAUUUCUUCACAGCAAGCCAUAACUUCUUGUAUACUGAUGCAAUACAUAUCCUUCCAACUGUGUAGUGAAAUCUACCGACCACGGAUGCGUCGAUGUGAGUGCUAGGGGGUUUACUCGAGCAUUAUGGGUUGUAACUAUCCGCCAAUCAAAGACCGUGAAUUACUCAACUUUGAGGUGU